UUGAAAGCGCCAGUUUCCUGGCAGCUGGGGCAGGCGUUGGUCUCGGCGCUCCGGCUCCGCAGCAGCCGCGCUCCAGCGAGCGACUAAGCUCGGUGCGCUCGUACCGGACGGAGCCUCGGUUCCAGCCUCUCCCUCAGCUCCCGCCCCUUUGCCUCAGCCUUUCCCGCCGCGCGGGCGCCGAGCCCCGGCCGUCGGCGCUGACCCCGCCCGGAGACCCCGCCGGCGCCGCCCGCGGGGCGCGCGCUCCCUCCGGCUCUCCUCAGCGGCCCGCGAGAGGGUCGGCUCGCGGCGGCGCGCGGCCGGCGGGCUGAGGCGGGGGGUCGACGGCGGCGCCCCUCUGGCCGGGCUGUGCGCGGGGCCCGGAGCGGCACCGCGGCCGCCCGCGCGGGGGCUCCCCAUGGUGCAGCGGAGGUCGGGAUGUCGAAGACGUUGAAGAAGAAGAAGCACUGGCUCAGCAAGGUGCAGGAGUGUGCGGUAUCCUGGGCCGGGCCCCCGGGCGACUUGGGCGCCGAGAUCCGCGGCGGCGCCGAGCGCGGCGAGUUCCCUUACCUGGGGCGGCUCCGCGAGGAGCCUGGCGGCGGCGGAGGCACCUGCUGCGUGGUCUCGGGCAAGGCGCCCAGUCCGGGCGAUGUGCUGUUGGAGGUGAACGGGACGCCGGUCAGUGGGCUCACCAACCGGGACACCCUGGCUGUCAUCCGCCACUUCCGCGAGCCCAUCCGUCUGAAGACCGUGAAGCCAGGCAAAGUUAUAAAUAAAGAUUUGCGACACUACCUGAGUCUUCAGUUUCAGAAAGGAUCAAUUGACCACAAACUACAGCAAGUCAUCAGAGAUAAUCUCUAUUUGAGAACCAUCCCAUGCACUACAAGGGCUCCCAGGGAUGGGGAAGUCCCAGGGGUGGACUAUAACUUCAUUUCUGUUGAACAAUUCAAGGCACUGGAAGAAAGCGGAGCGUUGUUAGAAAGUGGAACGUAUGAUGGAAAUUUCUAUGGCACACCCAAGCCUCCAGCAGAGCCUAGUCCUUUCCAGCCCGAUCCAGUUGAUCAGGUCCUCUUUGACAAUGAGUUUGACACAGAAUCCCAAAGAAAAAGAACCACAUCUGUCAGCAAGAUGGAAAGGAUGGACAGCUCUCUCCCUGAAGAAGAAGAAGAUGAGGACAAAGAAGCUGUUAAUGGCAGUGGAAGCAUGGAAACUAGAGAGAUGCAUUCUGAGACAUCUGACUGCUGGAUGAAGACUGUUCCAAGUUAUAACCAAACAAAUAGCUCCAUGGACUUUAGAAAUUAUAUGAUGAGAGAUGAGAAUCUGGAACCGCUGCCCAAAAACUGGGAAAUGGCCUACACGGACACAGGAAUGAUCUACUUCAUUGAUCAUAAUACGAAGACAACCACCUGGUUGGAUCCUCGUCUGUGCAAGAAAGCCAAAGCCCCUGAAGACUGUGAAGAUGGAGAGCUUCCCUAUGGCUGGGAGAAAAUAGAGGACCCUCAGUAUGGAACAUACUAUGUUGAUGUGAUAUGCAAAGUACUCAGCAGCUCUUCUGAUGUGGAAAGAGCACACUUUACUCGGGACCCAUCCCAACUUAAAGGUAUACUUGUUCGAGCAUCGCUGAAAAAAAGCACCAUGGGCUUUGGCUUUACCAUUAUUGGUGGAGAUAGGCCUGAUGAAUUUCUACAAGUAAAAAAUGUGCUCAAAGAUGGUCCUGCCGCUCAGGAUGGGAAAAUUGCACCAGGUGAUGUUAUUGUAGACAUCAAUGGCAACUGUGUCCUUGGUCACACCCAUGCAGAUGUUGUCCAGAUGUUUCAACUGGUACCUGUCAACCAGUAUGUCAACCUUACUUUAUGCCGUGGUUAUCCACUUCCUGAUGACAGUGAAGAUCCUGUUGUGGACAUUGUUGCUGCUACCCCUGUCAUCAAUGGACAAUCUUUAACAAAGGGAGAGACAUGCAUGAAUACUCAGGAUUUUAAACUGGGAGCAAUGGUUUUGGAUCAGAAUGGAAAAUCAGGACAAAUCUUGGCCAGUGAUCGUCUCAAUGGUCCAUCUGAGUCAAGUGAGCAGAGGGCAUCUCUGGCAUCAUCAGGCAGCUCACAGCCUGAACUAGUGACUAUCCCUCUGAUUAAGGGCCCCAAAGGCUUUGGGUUUGCAAUUGCUGACAGCCCAACUGGACAGAAGGUGAAAAUGAUAUUGGAUAGCCAGUGGUGUCAAGGCCUUCAAAAAGGGGAUAUCAUCAAAGAAAUUUACCAUCAGAAUGUGCAGAAUUUAACACAUCUCCAAGUCGUAGAAGUCCUAAAGCAGUUCCCAGUAGGUGCAGAUGUUCCAUUACUUAUCUUAAGAGGAGGUCCUUGUUCACCAACCAAAACUGCCAAAACGAAAACAGAUACAAAAGAAAAUUCAGGAAGUUUGGAGACUAUAAAUGAGCCUAUUCCCCAGCCGAUGCCUUUUCCACCCAGCAUAAUCAGAUCAGGAUCCCCGAAAUUGGAUCCUUCUGAAGUCUACCUGAAAUCUAAGACUUUAUAUGAAGAUAAACCACCAAACACCAAAGAUCUGGAUGUCUUUCUUCGGAAACAAGAAUCAGGGUUUGGCUUCAGGGUGCUAGGAGGAGAUGGACCUGACCAGUCUAUAUAUAUUGGGGCCAUCAUUCCCCUGGGAGCAGCUGAAAAAGACGGUAGGCUCCGUGCUGCUGAUGAAUUGAUGUGUAUUGAUGGGAUUCCUGUUAAAGGAAAAUCACACAAGCAAGUAUUAGACUUAAUGACUACUGCUGCUCGAAAUGGACACGUGCUGCUAACUGUCAGGAGGAAGAUCUUCUAUGGAGAGAAACAACCUGAGGAUGAAAGCCCUCAAGCCUUCUCACAGAACGGAUCUCCUCGCCUGAAUCGGGCAGAGCUUCCAACCAGGUCUGCCCCACAAGAGGCCUAUGAUGUCAUCUUACAGAGAAAAGAAAAUGAAGGGUUUGGUUUUGUCAUCCUCACUUCUAAAAGCAAGCCGCCCCCAGGAGUUAUUCCUCAUAAAAUUGGCCGAGUCAUAGACGGAAGUCCAGCUGAUCGUUGUGGAAGACUGAAAGUUGGAGAUCACAUUUCUGCUGUGAAUGGGCAGUCCAUUGUUGACCUAUCCCAUGAUAAUAUUGUUCAGCUCAUCAAAGAUGCUGGAGUCACCGUCACGCUGACAGUGGUUGCUGAAGAAGAGCAUCAUGGUCCACCAUCAGGAACAAACUCAGCCAGGCAGAGCCCAGCACUGCAGCACAGGCCCAUGGGACAGGCACAAGCCAACCACAUACCUGGGGACAGAAUUGCCCUAGAAGGUGAAAUUGGGAGAGAUGUCUGCAGUUCUUACAGACAUUCCUGGUCUGACCAUAAGCACCUUGCGCAGCCUGACACUGCAGUGAUUUCAGUUGUGGGCAGUCGGCACAAUCAGAGCCUCGGCUGUUACCCUGUGGAGCUGGAGAGAGGCCCUCGAGGCUUCGGGUUCAGCCUCCGCGGAGGGAAGGAGUACAACAUGGGGCUGUUCAUCUUGCGCCUGGCCGAGGAUGGGCCUGCCAUCAAAGACGGCAGGAUUCACGUUGGUGACCAGAUCGUUGAAAUCAAUGGGGAGCCGACACAAGGCAUCACACACACUCGAGCAAUUGAGCUCAUUCAGGCUGGCGGGAAUAAAGUCCUCCUCCUUCUGAGGCCAGGGACUGGCUUGAUCCCUGACCACGGUGAUUGGGAUACUAAUAGUCCUUCAUCUUCCAAUGUCAUUUAUGAUGAACAGCCGCCACCUCUCCCAUCUUCACAGUCUGCUUCCACAUUUGAAGAGUCUCAUGUGCCAGUAACUGAAGACUCUCUGACUAGAGCUCAGAUAUGUGAAAAGGCAGAAGAAUUAAAGGACACUGUACAAGAAAAGAAAAGCACUUUAAAUGGAAGCCAGCCUGAGAUGAAGUAUCAGUCUGUCCAGAAAACUAUGAGUAAGAAGGAUCCACCCAGAGGUUACGGGCAUGGUGAGAAGAGUCUAUUAAAAGGAGAAAAUGGCGUUACACGGAGAGGUAGAUCUGCUAGUCCCAAAAAGUCAGUUAAUCGACAUUCAGAGGAACAUUUGGAAAAGAUUCCCAGGCCCCUAAAAAGUGAUCCCAAAGAAAAAUCUAGAGACCGGUCACUGAGCCCUAGGAAAGGAGAAAAUAAAGGCCGGCUCACCAUUAAGGCAGGCUCUGGACAAGAUCCCUAUAGAAAAGACAGAGGACGGUCUUCUAGCCCCAAGAAGCAGCAAAAGAUAGGAGGCAACAGCCUGUCAAACACUGAAGGCAAAUUAUCAGAGGCUGGGAGCCGAAGAGCAGCAGGCCACCCUAGUGACAGCACUGAACAGGUCCCAGAUGGGAGAGAAAAGUCAAGGGUCAGCAGGAAAGAUCUGAAGCAGAGUCAGCCAGGAAAACCCAGAACCAAGUCUCCAGAGAAAAAGAGCAGUAAAGUUGAUGAAACAUCUCUCCCAUCCAAAAAGACUAGCAGCACUGCUAGUAGGGUAGUAUCUGAAAAGGAAAAGGGAAAGAAGCCAACAGCAGGAGAAACAAGUAGAGAAACAGUAGAGCACACCCAGAUCUCAGCAAAACAGCUCAAGCAGGAAGCUCAAGAGAAGACGGCAUUAGGUAAUGCAGACGAUCACAAAGGCAGAGAAUCAGAGGUCAUGGACAGAUGCAGGGAGCGUGUGGGGGGCACACCUCAAAGUAGCUCUCCAGUCAAGAAAGCACCCAUCACUCCAGGACCCUGGAGGGUGCCACGAGCAAAUAAAGUCACAGGCACUACUGGCAUGGCUGACAAACAGCUGUGACCUUUCGUAUAAAACAAAGAAAAUUAAGUUGUAAUCUUGUGCUAAAAACACAGCAUUUUAAGGGGGAGAGGUGUGGUUUUCCCCCAGAAAUUCUUCAAUAGCAAGUCGUCAGGCUGCAUGAAGAGCUUCUGGGAUUGCUUAGACCCACCUGGCCUGGCCAGUCCUUUCCUCACGCUCAGGAAGGAGCUGCAUCCAAGGGCUCCCCUGCCACCUGCCACACCCUGCUCAGGCUGCUCGCUCAGCAAUGACAUGAUCCUAGCAGUGUGGUCACAGCUCAUUUUGUGUUUGUGCCAAGUUAUCUACUGUAUCAUGUCUGUUUUAAUCCUUCCCAUUCUGAUAUUUCCAGCCAUCAAACAGUUUGGUUUGGCUUGAAGAUGUUUUCAAUAGCAUGUUGCAUGUUUACAGAGAGAAAUAUUUGAGUCCUUGCAGAGGAAGAAAUUGUUAGCUCAUCAUCAAAGUGGGCACUUGCCUCUUCUCACAGCUUCUGACCGUCCUAGUUUAAAAAUGCAAUUCACAAACAUCACAUUACAGGGAAGGUCAAAUAUUAUAAAUGCUUUUUUACAGCUAAGUAAGGUGUUUAAAGUAACUGCUAAAAAUAUUCCUUACAAUUGAAUGCUCAAAAUGAGAACGUACUCUAAGCAACAGAAUUAACAGCCUCCUGCCAUGUUAGCCAUCCCUUAUGUAGUGACAGUGUCUCAGAUCACCUGUAGUCUUGAGGGAAGUGCAAGAAGCAUGUAGAAGUACCGCUUGUUUCUCUUUAAAGAAAAACUACUACAUCUGGAUAUUUUGAUUAUUAACCAUUAGUCUUUAAUAUAGUUGAAGACCCAAAAUAGUAUGUAGAUUUUUGUGAGGGACUUAAUCAUGAAGCCAGUUCUACAGUCCACUGCCAGACAAAGCACCAGCUCCUGUGACAGAGGAGCUCAUCUAGGGGCAGACACACAAGCAUUAGGGAUUAGAAACAGAGCCUGUCUUAGGCUUCCUCAGCAAGUUAGGACUAAUAUGGUAUAGACUGUGUGUGUUGGAACUUUAAUUUUUAGCUAAUUAUUUAAAAACAAAGUUUUCAGAGUUCUUUUUAAAAAUCUAAUAAAAAUGUUUGCUGAAAGUUGGAGACAAUUCUUAAACUCAUAAAAUAGAUCAAGACAUUAGUUCCCUGAAGCAGCAUUCAGAAACAUCUAUAAAUACAGACAUUUCUCAGACCAAAACUGUUUAUUUAUGGAGUAUUUGAACACUCAUUCUGUUACCUUGUGAGUCUGACAAAUUCCACUGUGACAACUGUACUGGCCCGCUAUGCCACAUGCUUCCACCCAGAACUGUAUUUAACCCAUCUCAAAACUACUUGAAUAGCGACAAUUAGGAAGCUUGAUAAAUGCUAAGAAUUUAGUACUACAGAAAUGAUUUAUUUUCCCUAGAGUCCACAUUAGUGAUGCAAAUCCUAUUUUUAUUGUUAACUGUGACAUAACUUUGAUGUCAUGUUGUCAAUAUGAUAUGGCUCUUCCUAAGUAACAUGUCACUGUACUGAUUAUAUACUGACUUAGCAAUGUGGCCUUGGAAUGCUGAGCAAAAUAUGGAUGUACUGGUUGUAAAUGUUUAUAUAUGUACAGUACCUUUAUAUAUAUAAAUAUAUAUAUAUAUAUACACUUGAGGUUCUGAUUAGAGAAAGAUCUGUAAAUCGCUCGUUAUUUUUUAUAUAGAUAUUAAAAAAGAAAAAUAAGUUUGUCGUGCUUUUUUCUAAACCUGUUAGCAUCAUUUAAAAUUGCUGUUUGUGGAACCUAGUCCCAUCACGAUCUGAAUCAUCAAAAAGACUGACAAUCAGAAAGACAAAGUAAUGUGUCUUUGCCAGUACUUAAUCUCACCCAUGGAUAAAGCCUUGAGUUGUAUACCAUUUUCUAUUAAUGCUAUUUUUGAAUACCCCUUUUCUCCACUAUCAGGAAAGAAAAGAUAUUAUAUCUCACUGGAAUUCAGUACUACACAUUUAUAAUAGACUAAUGAAUAGACCAUUUACCACAAGAUCACAGAGUUCCAUGGCAACUUACGAUAUUUAAAACAGUUUUAUUUAUUUUAGUUUUAAAAUUAAGUCUGUAGACUUGACUUCUUUUCACUUAGUAUAUUAACUGCUUAAACCCUACUUCAAAACUCUGGUUAAUUAAUAAUUUUCUUCAGGAGAAAAAAAUUCUUAUAAUUACAUAAAUUCACACUAAAAAUAAGUCCAGUUCCAUUUCCAGGCAUACAAUGGAAAUGUGUCAGAGAAAAGCUGCUGAAAGUAGGAACUAAGCAGUUCUGUGGGCAUGGACACACUGUUAUUCGUCACCCAGGCUACAGCAUCCUUAUAGCUGAGCAGUUUUGAACAGGGUCAACCUCUAGAUCUGAUCUGGGACCCAGAAAGCAUUUGGCUUCUUGCUUUUCACGUGUGAAUAUUUUCACUCAAUGAAAGGAAACCGGGACAGCAAGACAGUUCAGCAAGUAAGACCCUACCACCAACCCUUCCAUCCCCAUCUAUCUCACACGGUAGAGAACCACGUCCAUCAAAUCAUCCUUCAUGCAUUCUGGGUGUGCUUUCUCAUAGAUUUAGAACAACAAAAAAGUAAUAGUAGUCAAGAUACUAUUCAUGUGCAGCAAUAGAAAGCCAAAUGCUUUGUAAACAUCUGGACAAAUGGAGUUCCAAGUUUUGUAUGUCUAUUUCUCACAGAAAAUACAUUAACUUCUGUAAGUGACUUCCACAAAGAUUCAGACUGGAGCUUAGCCUACCCUCUGCUCUUAGAACCAAGAACACCUGCACUGACUGAUGAGAUGCAGCAGUCCACUGGAAAGAGGAACUACAUCACAAUAACUAUGUCUUGGCAUGCCUCAUACCUAAAAGCUAUCAGCUUUCUAAACAACAACUUGAAUAACUUUCGGAUUCUGCGGUUAGUAUGUAUCAGCAAUCAGUAUGCUACCAUUUGGGAAGGCUAGCAUCUGUAGUUAGCUGAGUUCAUCUGGCACAUCUACAGACUUGAUAGGCUCUCAGUCACUAUACCAUAUUGAGAUAAGAGCUGAACCUGUGCAAAACUACUUGGUCUCAAAGCACACAAGCUACAUUAAGUAUGACAAAAUAUAUGAAUGCUUAUGAAUUUGAUCUAGCAGCAAAGUCUAAAUCUCAUAGUCCAAAAUACGGACACAGCCAACUGCUUUCAUUUAGCCUUAAAA